UGAACCAUCUGGAGAUGUUCAGUUCUCAAGUGUACUCACAAAUAAGUAGUUACACUGACAUAAGAUUUUGUUUCAGAUUCUGUAUGACAACGACGCAAGGAAGUUCUGAAUACACGUCACAGGUGCCCCUUGGCUGCCUGUGGGUGUUCGUGAUGUGGGAGCAGGGUGAACUCCACACAUAGGUCUACAUUGUGAACCACAACCGAGUUGACAUGGGCCUUAAAAAGGAGCUGAGUGACCUCUGCGACGAGGUGCGGUUGCGCUGGAAGAAUGCCAUCAAGUAUGGCUUAUUUGACAACCACACCAAAUACGGGUAAAGCAGUGAGGAGACUGUCAAUGAGCUCAACACAAGGAGUGGACGAGCUGAAGAAUGAGCCUUGGUUUCCAAGCUUAAGCAGAAGAACGUUGUUAGGCUUCUUGGUGUCUGCUUGGAGUACCAGAAGCGGCUUCUCGUCUACGAAUAUGGUUGGUGACCUGGAACGUUGGCGUUCUUGGCCUGGUCACGCUGUCAGGCAACAGAGGAAGAGGGGCCUGAGCAAUCAGAAAUGGACAAACAUGUACAACACAUUUUUCAAACUGAACUUGCCAACUUGCAUGUGCUCUUACAUAAGAGCAGAUCGCAGUACUGAUAGCAAUCUCCACGGCGUUACAGAUCAGCCUGAAAGACGAAUCUCUAGGCGUGGACUCAAUCACCAGAAGCUUACCUACUUCGGCCUGGCGGCAACGCUCCGGUGA